AUGAAUGGGCGCGUGAGUAAAACAAUGCGUUCGAGUCGAACAUCCUAUCACACACGCCUCCCCCACUGCUUCCCGCACAUUGGCCUCCACGGGAUCGCACCCCCAUUACCACGCCUUCCCUUCCCGUCGCCCUCCCUUCCCGUCGCCCUCCCUUCCCGUCGCUCUCCCUUCCCGUCGCCGUCCGUUCUGCUCGUCGCCCUACCUUCGUCCCCCGUCAAUUCUCUCCCCGUCGCCCUCGCUUUCCCCGUCGCCCUCGCUUUCCCCGUUGCCCUCGCUUUCCCCGUCGCCCUCGCUUUCCCCGUUGCCCUCGCUUUCCCCGUCGACCUGCCAUCCACUGCUCGUCGCCUUCGCCUUCCCUCCCGCCUCCCUUCCCAUCUGCUUCCCCCCAUCCAGUUUCCUGCUUCCCCCCCUCCCCUUCCCUGCUUCCCCAUGUCCCCUGCCCUGCUUCCCCCCAUCAGAUUCCCGCCUCGCCCCCAUCCCCCUCCCUGCUCCCCCACAUCCCCCUCCCUGCUCCCCCCCAUCCCCCUCCCUGCUUCCCCCCAUCCCCCCUGCUUCUUCCCAUCCGGUUUUCUGCUUCCCCUCCUCCCCUUCCCUGCUUCCCCCCAUCCCCUGCCCUGCCUCCCCCCAUCAGAUUCCCGCCUCACCCCCAUCCCCCUCACAGCUCCCCCCCAUCCCCCUCUCUGCUUCCCCCCAUCCCGUGCCCUGCUUCCCCCCAUCCCCUUCCCCGCCUCCCCCCAACCCCGUCCCUGCGUCCCCCCAUCCUCUUCAUUCUUUCCCCUUAUCCCAAGCCCUGCUUCCCCCCAUCCGGUUUUCUGCUACCCCCCUCCCCUUCCCUGCUUCCCCAUGUCCCCUUCCCACCUUCCCCAUGUCCCCUGCCCUGCUUCCCCCCAUCCCCUGCCCUGCCUCCCCCCAUCAGAUUCCCGCCUCGCCCCCAUCCCCCUCACAGCUCCCCCCAUCCCCCUCCCUGCUUCCCCCCAUCCCGUGCCCUGCUUCCCCCCAUCCCCUUCCCUGCCUCCCCCCAACCCCCUCCCUGCGUCCCCCCAUCCUCUUCAUUCUUUCCCCUUAUCCCAAGCCCUGCUUCCCCCCAUCCGGUUUUCUGCUACCCCCCUCCCCUUCCCUGCUUCCCCAUGUCCCCUUCCCACCUUCCCCAUGUCCCCUGCCCUGCUUCCCCCCAUCCCCUGCCCUGCCUCCCCCCAUCAGAUUCCCGCCUCGCCCCCAUCCCCCUCACAGCUCCCCCCAUCCCCCUCCCUGCUUCCCCCCAUCCCGUGCCCUGCUUCCCCCCAUCCCCUUCCCUGCCUCCCCCCAACCCCCUCCCUGCGUCCCCCCAUCCUCUUCAUUCUUUCCCCUUAUCCCAAGCCCUGCUUCCCCCCAUCCGGUUUUCUGCUACCCCCCUCCCCUUCCCUGCUUCCCCAUGUCCCCUUCCCACCUUCCCCAUGUCCCCUUCCCACUUUCCCCAUGUCCCCUGCCCUGCUUCCCCCCAUCCCCUUCCCUGCUUCCCCCCAACCCCCUCCCUGCAUCCCCCCAUCCUCUUCAUUCUUUCCUACGAAACAUUGCACAAGGUGGUUGUGUCGCACGAUCGAAGCAUGGGACUAG